AUGGAAGUUGUCAUCGUAACCUUGUUUAUGAUUUCGCUUGUACAAACCUGCCAAAGUUCAAACCAACAGCGGCUCAUGAAAACAUUAAACUUGGCUGAAAAUCGAGCUUUACUGAAUAAAGUCAUUCAGUGGAAGACUGUAUCAUCUCCCGUGAUCUGUGGGCGAGACUGCUCCAUGAACCCGAACUGUGGCUCAUUCAACUAUCACAUCACAAAAGGUAUUUGUGUGUUGAAUAAUGCCAGCACAGCUCACUGCCCAGAUGACUUUGUCAAGCUGCAAGGAAGUAUGUACUAUGAUGACAACGUGAACCAAACCUCGUUUUCAGAAUCAAUCUUUGAAAGUUACAGCAGUUGUUUUAAGAUGUAUCAAGCUGGUUACCGUGACAAUGGCAUAUACACCAUCUUUCCUACAAAUCUGACUGGUGAGGUACAAGUUUACUGCGAUAUGGAGACAGAUGGAGGAGGCUGGGUCGUGUUCCAGAGGAGACAGGAUGGCUCUGUUGACUUUUACCGUACCUGGGCUGAAUACCAAUUCGGGUUUGGUAAUCUGCAAAAUGAGUUCUGGCUGGGGAAUGAUAUCCUGCGUGACCUUACUGGAUCGGGUCAAUGGGAGCUCAGAGUAGAUAUGGAAGAUUGGCAGUCCAACACAUCUUGGGCUUCUUAUGGUGAGUUUGCUGUUACAGGCGACAACUACACUCUCCAUGCUGGUUCUUACGAUAAUCGGAGUACAGCUGGUGAUUCAAUGACAUAUCAUAAUGGACGACCCUUCACAACAAAGGACCAGGACAACGAUGAAUAUUCAACCAAUUGUGCAGAGAAAGGGAGUGGUGCUUGGUGGUUUACAGGCUGCCUCAGGUCUCAUCUCAAUGGCCAGUACUACCAGGAUGGAGAUUUUCCGCGAAACAAAGGAAUACAAUGGAAAGCCUGGAAGGGGAAGAAUUACUCCCUCAAGAAAUGCAGCAUGAAACUGCGGCAGGUACAGUAA